AUGCCGGGGACCCUGAUUCCGCCCUGGUUUGUCGACAAUGCGCCAACUCCAGAUGAGUUCGCCACUGCCAGUGUGAUAUGGGGCAUCUCCCUUGGCCUCACUAUCUUCGCUAUCAUCCGAGCAACGAACCAGACCUAUCACCAAUGGAUUCGAAAACACAGUGUCACUGCAUAUAUGGUCUUUAUCUGGCUCGAGCUCAUAUCGAGCGCUAUUAUCGGAGGAACAGCCUGGGGAUAUAUGCGACAAACUAUACAGCCUAGCUUUUGGUACUAUACAGGGACCAUUUUCCUCUGGUUCUUCCAGACCCAUUGCAUCCUACAAAUAAUCAUUAAUCGUAUCGGUCUGAUCGCUGUCAACAAGCCAUUCAUCCACCGCCUCAAGUGGUCUGUGUUUAUCAUCGUUCUUAUUAUCAACAUAGCCGUGGCUUGUAUAUGGAUCCCUAGCCGUCUCCAGAUAUCCGAAACAUACAUCAACAUCAACAGAUACUGGGAUAGAGCCGAAAAAGCAGUCCUCGCCGUUAUUGAUCUUUGCCUGAACGUCUACUUUGUCUAUCUUGUCCGUUCCAGCCUCAUCGCAUACGGACUUACCAAAUACGUGCGGCUAUAUCGCUUCAACCUCGUUAUGAUCGCGGUUUCUUUAUCUAUGGAUGUACUCAUAAUCGCGAUGAUGUCUCUCGAUAAUACUUUCCUAUAUGUUAGCUUUCACCCACUCGCAUAUCUAGUCAAGCUUCACAUUGAGCUCUCCAUGGCUGAACUGAUUGGCAAGAUUGUCAAAGCAUCUAACCGAAGAGGAGCU